AUGACACUCUUAAACUCAUUUCAUCUUAGUGGCCCUUCUUGUUCUGGCAAGACAACAGCAACACGCAUCUUGAGACAAGUACUAAAAAAGUCUGUGGUUGUCUAUCAAGAUGACUUUUACAAGCCUGAAGAGCAAGUACCUAUUCAUCAAGAAUCACAGCUAAAGAACUGGGAUUGUCCUGAAUCAGUCGACUUUGAUAAAUUUGCAGCCAUGAUACAGCAUGUACGUACACAUCAAGGUCAACUACCUAAAGGAUAUGACUCCAAUGAAGAACUCAAUGUCCAUGAUGGCUCAUCCCAUGUGAGUUCUGAAACCAUGGAUCACAUCAAACAUCUCCUGGCUCCCUUUGUGGAUGACGUGUUUGUGUUUGUUGAUGGAUUCAUGCUUUAUUGGGAUGCCAAAGUAGCCAGCCAACUUGAUUGCAAGUUUGAUUUCUCGAGUGACUAUCAAGUCCUGAAAUCAAGAAGAGAGCAAAGACAAGGUUAUCAUACACUAGAAGGUUAUUGGGUAGAUCCGCCUGGUUAUUUUGAUCGUGUUGUUUGGCCUGAAUAUCUCCGACUUCAUCAACAUGAAGCCAAAGAUGUCUACACCAUAGACACAACACAGCAUGAUAUCAAUCAAACAGUUGUGUUGUUGGCACAAAAGAUAGUCAGUGUGUUCUAA